GGGGAGAGAGAGAGAGAGUCAGGGGACGAGCUGCACCAACUCCAGUGUGUGUACAGCAGAGAGCGAGUGCAGGAGAGAGACACUCACACUGACUGAGGGACAGUUUGAUUUAUUUCUCUUCAGUUUGAGUCUGAAGCAGGUGUGGACAGACAGACAGACAGACAGACAGACAGGUAAAGCAGGUGACCCUCCUCUGACUCUCCUCUGAUGAUGGACGACUAUACUCUUCCCUUCUGGAUUUACCUGGGCGUUUUGACCGUGUUUGUCGUUGGGGUCAUGAAGAAGAUUUUGGCGUCCCACCUGGGCGCCGCCCCCCCCCUGGUGGCCUGGCUGGGCGCCACCGUGCUGGUGGAGCGGCUGUGGGCGUUCUGCCUGCCUGCCGUGCUACUGCUGGCACUGCUCGGCCUUGCCUGUUGCCUUUACUCCGCCGCCAGAACCGGCCCGCCACCCGCCACCCUGCCCGCCCACGGCAAGGCUGUCUUCAUCACAGGCUGUGACUCUGGUUUCGGGAAGGCGACAGCGAACCAUCUGGACGCUAUGGGCUUCGAGGUGUUUGCCACAGUGCUGGACCUGUCAGGAGACGGAGCCAAAGAGCUGCAGAGGACCUGCUCCACCCGCCUCACCCUCCUCCAGGUGGACAUCACCCAGCCGCAGCAGGUCCAACAGGCACUGCUGGACACCAAGGCCAAACUUGGCCUCAAAGGUCUGUGGGGUUUGGUGAACAACGCUGGAGUAUGUGUGAACUUCGGAGAUGCCGAGCUGUCCCUAAUGUCGAACUUCCGUGGCUGCAUGGAGGUCAACUUCUUCGGCACGUUGAGCAUCACCAAGAGCUUCCUGCCGCUGCUGCGACAAGCCAAAGGACGCAUCGUCACCAUCUCCAGUCCCGCCGGUGACCAGCCGUUUCCCUGUCUGGCAGCCUACGGGGCGUCUAAAGCAGCUCUCAACCUCUUCAUCAACACCCUGCGACAUGAGCUGGAGCCCUGGGGGGUCCGGGUCUCCACCAUCCUACCCUCCUCAUACAAGACAGGUCAAUCCAGUAACCACAGCUACUGGGAGCAGCAGCACAAACAGCUGAUGCAGAGUCUGUCUCCGGCGCUGCUCGAGGACUACGGCGAGGACUACGUGACCGAGACCAAGGAGCUGUUCCAUAACCACGCCCGCCAGGCCAACCCCGACCUCAGCCCCGUCAUCGACUCCAUCGUCCAGGCACUGCUGGCGCCACAGCCGCAGGCACGUUACUUCGCUGGGCCCGGCGUCGGCCUUAUGUACUUCGUACACAGCUACUGCCCCUUCAGCAUCAGCAACCGCUUCCUCCAGAAACUGUUUGUGAAGAAGACCCUGAUGCCGCGCGCUCUAAGGAAGCAGUCAGGCUUUGACCUGAAUCUCCACAACAACAACAACAGCAACAACAACAACAACAACAACAACAACGAGGAGGAGGAGAAACUCAAGUAGCUGUGAGACGUAGAAACAUGCCAACGGUUUCAGAUAGAGGACCACUCGUGUAACGCACCCUAGAGCUGUAUCCUGUCCUUCUGUAUGUGGUGUUUUUAAACUGUUGAAGGGAUCAUCACCAAAACGGUUUCUGUUUGUUUCUGUAUCGCCUAACCCCACCCGCCCCCCUAGGACACACCUGAAGGUCAGGGGGCGGGGCCUAGUAGAGGUGGAUCAGUAAGAUCAGCCGUACUGUACACACACCAAGAGAGUCACACUGACUUCAUGUGCCUUCAUCACAACAGAGAUCAGCCGAGAGAAUCCGACACUGCAGCAGCUGGUUUCUGACAGCCGAAACAUAUUCAAACAUCCAAACACCUCAUCGUCAGUGACAUCAUCAGUGACAUCAUUAGUGACAUCAUCAGUGACAUCAUCAGUCAGUAUUACAACAUCAGACCCAACUGGCCAAAAUGGUUCAGCCAGUUCCAUCCAGGAUACACCAGUCAGACUCCAGAUGCUGACUGAGCAGUUUGAAACAAAUGCAACGCUUAAACGUACAGAAAGUAAUUUCACACAGUGAAACAAUGGCGGCUCUCCUGCUCACACAGGAUCUGGUAUUCCAGAUAAACAGUAAAAUGUGUUUGUGAACAGAUUUGAGGAGAGAAAUAGUCAACAACAGAAUCUGGAUCCAUAUCUGAUCAGCACUGUUUGACAGUUUGAUCUGAGUUUGGUUGAGCUGGACGGACUCACUGAGAAUGAGCUGUCAAUCACAAGGUAGCCCCGCCCUAAAACAUACCUUGCUUUAGGGUCUGUUUUACUCUAAAUGGGACCAUCAGUUACUAAAUGAACUGAUAUACUGUCAGUGCUGAUUAACCAGAAGUUAUGGUGCGUUCCUUUUACCUCAGAGUCUGAAGUCGGAGCUGGGAACUACAGUUUUCACAAGGAGCAGCCAUCUUGGAUUUUGAAGUCAGGGUUAGUAAGGUUGUUCUGACCGAGUUGGACUUCAGGGAGCUUUCUCUAGCUUUUUGGAAACGCACCAUUAUGGCAACUACAGAGAAGCAGGAAAACUACACAUUUCUCUGGGUUUGAUAAUGUAAGUGCACAACUGGCUGUUGGUAAUUAGCUGAGAAGGGAAGGAGUGUGUAACGUCUGUGUCUGGAGUGAAUGGAUGCAGGAUAUGUUAAUGGAGAUUUAGCUAACAAGAAGUUCAGAGUUCAGAGAGCGGGUUGGUCGCCCUCAGCCUCAGGUCAGCUGCCGUAGCAAACGUCCUAAUGCUACAAUAUAGAACACAGGUUAGCCUUUUUAGACAUUUCAAUGUGGAAGUGUUACAUGUUGUAUGUUUAAGUUAUCUGAAAGGAAAAUAAAGGUGUGUGCGUCAGGGAGAAACAGCGGUGGACAGGCAGCGUGUGCAACCAGCCACUCAGAUAACUGAUGAACAGAAAACCUGGAGUCAGGCAGACAAGCUGUAGAUGAGUAAACUCUAACUCACUGUCCCUCCAGGAUCUGACAGGCUGUUUUGGGGAUUGUUUCUAGCAUUACGCCUCAGAAAUACAAGUAAACUGUCUGACGAUGUCACCAUGUCCUCAGAAACCAACCCAGGGAGUAAAGCAGCAGAUUCUUCCUUUAAAGAUGUCCUGUAACUGCAGGGAGUGUAAACUGAGAGCAAACUCCACCCGUGUCGUACGCCAGGAGCCUGGAAACCAGCGCGCUCAGUAAACCGAGCUGCUGUAGUGACGCCUCCCUCCUUCAGCCCAAAUAUUCCUGAUAUCACAUUCACAUAACAACAAUGACAGAAUAUCUGAUCUCUGAUUAUGAGUUUAUGUUUGUUUGUUUGUUUGUUUGCUUGUUUGUUUGUUUGUUUGUGCAUCAGCAGGUAGCAGACUGAAUCAUUUCAAAACAAAAGCACAUGUUCAGUUUGAUGUUUUGUAUGCACAAAAUCAAAAUAUAUUAACUUUAUUUGAUUUUCAGAGAGGGUCGUCUGACCCUAAUCAAUACCAGGCUUCCUGUUUGGACUUCUAUCCUUCAUAAUAAAAGCACAAAGUGUACAACAGUAAGUAUAGUAACAGCAAACAAACCUUUGCUUAUGAAUCUUUUUUUACUUAAAUCGUAUUACUGUUACCAGGCAGGGGUAAAUGCCCUCCAGUUUGGUGCCAAAUUUAACACACAACAACACACAGAAACAUUUCUGUUUCCUCAAUGACAAAAAUAAACUCCAGUUUGUUUGUUUUUAAUUUAAUUGAGCAAAAUCAAUUUAAAAUUUGCUUUUAUUUUGAAGGUUAUACCAAAACUCAACUUUUAUUUCUCUGAUCAUUUUCAGCUUUAAAAAUCAAUAAAUGUGAAAGUAAUUUAUCAGAUGAGCUGAGAAGCAGAUAAAGUUAUAUUUUGGUUUGUUGGCAACAGGAACUUUAUCCUGAAGACACACUGAGCAGAUUUUUCUUAUAAACACUGAGUUUAUCUUCAUAUUCAGGAUCUUUGAAUGUGACGUCCUCCUGUUUUUUAUGAGUCAAUAUAUGGAAAGAAAUAAAGCAUGUAACAGUUAUUUUUUCAGAUGUGAUGAAUCCGACAAAAUCCAAACCUCAGUUUAUUCCAGAUGGAAGAGUUGUGUGGAACAGUGAAUAUUUUGGGAUUUAUUUGUACUGGUUCAGUGUGUUUCUGAGGUCUGUCUCACCCGAUUCACCUCCUCCAACAUUAUUGUUAUUAUUUUUGUUUUUGAGCCCUGUUUUUGAAUCAAACUAUUUAUGGCAUCUUUUCUUUUAUCACCACUUAAACUGUGAAUUUUAUAUUUAAAAGAAUUGAAAAAACAACAAAAAUAUGAUGUUAAAUAUUCACUUGGUUCAUUCUUUGAUAGAAAUAAAGUUGACUUUUUCAGA